CUUUUUUAUCGAUAACACCUCACGAAACUUCUCUCCCUUAAACUCCCUCAAAUAUUAGCGUUUAAUUAUUUUUAUUGUGUGCAACAGGCCAGAAGCAGGAACUUUCAUACCUCCAAACCAUCCUGGACCAGUGGUUCAAGCCAGAAUGCAGCCAACUAUAAUACUCCUAGCAGCUCUGCUGCCUGCAAUCUUAGCUGUUACCUCAAAUGAUGUUGUUCACGAAGAAUUUGAGCAAUUUAAGAUGGCGCACGGCAAGAAGUACAACAAUGAUAUCGAGGAAGGCUUCAGGCUGAAAAUUUUCAUGGAGAACAAGCAUAAAAUUGCAAAGCACAACCAGAGGCAUGAACGAGGAGAAGUCUCCUACAAACUAGCCAUGAACCACUUUGGAGAUAUGCUUCACCACGAGUUCAAAAAUGUCAUGAAUGGGUACAAACAAUCCCUGUUACUCCAACUGGGCGCAGAUGCGAAAAAAGAUGCCUCAUCGUUCCUUGCCCCUGCCAACGUUGUACUGCCAAGAGCUGUCGACUGGAGAACUGCCGGCGCUGUCACUCCUGUUAAGAAUCAAGGCCACUGUGGAUCUUGCUGGUCAUUCAGUACGACUGGUGCCCUUGAAGGUCAGCAUUUCCGCAAAACAGGCCGCCUAGUCUCUCUUAGUGAACAGAACUUAAUUGACUGCUCUACAAGGUAUGGCAAUCAGGGUUGCAAUGGAGGUCUCAUGGACCAAGCUUUCCAAUACAUCAAGGACAAUCAAGGAAUCGACACUGAAAUCUCUUACCCCUAUGAAGAGCAUGAUGACAAGUGCCGUUACAAGCCCAGACAAAAGGGUGCAACUGACAAAGGAUUCACAGAUAUCGAAUCAGGUAGCGAAUCAGACCUCAAAGCUGCAGUUGCUACUGUUGGUCCAAUCUCAGUUGCCAUUGACGCUAGCGCAGAAGACUUCCAGUUCUACUCAGAAGGUGUUUACUACAGUGACCAAUGCAACUCAACUCAGCUAGACCAUGGAGUCCUUGUUGUUGGUUAUGGAACUACUGAAGAUGAUGAAGACUACUGGAUUGUUAAGAACUCAUGGGGCCCAAAAUGGGGCGCUAAGGGCUACAUCCUCAUGGCUCGUAACCGUGAUAACAACUGUGGUAUCGCCACUGCCGCUAGCUAUCCGCUAGUUUAAUCAUAUCUCCUGUGAGAUGAUCCUUUAAGUUAAGAAUUAUACUCUGUUACGUAAGAUUUUGAUUGAAAUAAGUGCUUUAAGUAGCAGAGGAAAGUGGUGGCAAAAAGUGAAAAGAGGGACAAUUUGCAUCCAAAAGCUUGAAUCAAUUUAAGUCAAUUAGUGCAUUAUUGCGUUAGAAUCUUCGUGUUAACGAUUUUGUUUCAUCGUAAGUUGCAGCUUAUCUCAUACCAGUAAAUGUUAUAUUUGUUUUACAAACUUGUUUGACAGCUGAACUCAGAAAAAUGUUUCUUAAUAUCAAAAUGCCUUCCAUUUCAUUACUUUAAGGAGAAAAAAACUAUUUCUAUUUCUAGAAAAUUCUCUGAAAUAUUCUUUCAACAAGAAAGAGUAACUGCCAAAAUUAGACACACAAAUACUUUGAAUUGUAUUGAAUUGUACGAACUAAUAUUCGUUUUUGAGUUCAGUCAUGAAAUAUUUUUUUAUUUUAUUAUUAUUAUUAUUACAGCCACAAUGAAAUGUUCAAAAAAACUUAAUUUCGGGCAGAUCACAAAUCUUAUUCACAAAAUUUAAUAUCUUCAUCAGUCCCAUCUGUUUGUAAAUCUAAAAAAGCAGCAAUAAUGCUUUUGUAAAUAGGCCUCCUUGAAAGCUCAAAGAAAUCAAUUACAAUUGUGGAUGCAAGUCAUUAGUUUAGUCCCGAUUACUUGUAAUCAGGUAUAUUUAGAUGCAUUUCAAUGUUUGAUUAACUGUCAAUUUCUGUGAUUAUCAAGCAUCUUAUCCUCUGUCUGAUAUAAGAUUAAAUUUCCGCACCUACUUAAGACAUUGUAAAUAGCGUGCCAUCUACAAAUUUGAAUUUCAUUCAGCUUAGAUUAAUAUAAUACAGAACUUGAGUUAUGCAGAGCAUUGUUAGGGCUUGAAUCGUACUGCAUAAUAUCAAUAUUGCAAAACUGCAGUGCUUACCAAAUUCUAUAUCGCUGGACCGGUUUUGCCCAAAUUUUCUUUGUCUGCUUUUCUAGUAUUAUGGAAGUUUGUGGCUUGUAAGUCGUAAGUUGUAUGAUUAUUCACUGUCUCUCUCAUACUUUUACUUUUUCAACUCGCAGCUCUGUAGAGCAAUGCUCAGUGUUGUGCCAAUUUUUAACCCAAAAAAUUGUUAUUUUAAGAAUUUUAAUCAUUUAUGGAACCAGAAUUCUAUUAUUUUGAUAAGUGAAAAUCAACUCUAAAGCUAUAGAAAAUGAUCAAACAAAUUUAUUUCAAUAUUUAUUUCUGCACGAAAUAUUAUCAAUGUAGAAUUUUAGAAUGCUUGCCUGUUAACUCAUUACGGAAUAGGCAGUGUUUGCCAAAAGAAAAUCAUUCAGUUGAAUCAAAAGUUACUUUAUUAAUUUACAUAACCCCAAAUAAAUAAAAUAGUGAAUAAAUUAAAUUGCAAAGCACUCGAUUUUUUCUUGGAACAAAUGAAGUUUUGAACUACUUAAUUGAACCAACAAUCAUACUCAUGUCAUUUUUUUUCUCAAUAAUAUAUGCUUAUUUUUACUCAUUUUUUGUGUGAUUAGUAUUAAAAUUUUCCCAAGAAAAUGUGAUAUCUAUAAGAUUAUUUUUUCAAACAAUAAAGCCUUUCUUGUUUCCAA